UGGAUGUCAUCAGUACUGAAUAUCAAUAAAAUAACGAAAGCUUAAAAACAACAUUCAUUGUGCUAUAAAUUAAAAGAAACAUUUGUCUUUAGUUUCCUGUGGCUACUGUUAUUUAAUCUCCACAUCAAAAUGGUCCUGGAAAGUACAAUGAUUUGUGUUGAUAAUAGUGAUUACAUGAGGAAUGGCGACUUUUUGCCAACUCGGCUUCAGGCUCAGCAGGAUGCCGUGAAUUUGGUAUGCCAUUCGAAGACACGCUCGAAUCCAGAAAACAACGUCGGGCUUUUAACGUUGGCCAAUGUUGAAGUGCUGGCUACAUUGACUAGCGACGUUGGAAGGAUUUUGUCGAAGUUGCACCAGGUGACACCCGAUGGUGACAUUAAUUUACACACUGGUAUUAGAAUCGCUCAUCUUGCGCUGAAACAUAGACAAGGAAAGAACCACAAGAUGAGGAUUGUCGCUUUCGUUGGAAGCCCGGUAGCCGCGGAGGAGAAGGAAUUGGUCAAGUUGGCGAAGAAACUCAAGAAAGAGAAAGUGAACGUGGAUUUAGUUAGUUUUGGAGAAGAUACUAUCAAUACUGAUGUUUUAACUUCUUUUAUCAACACUUUAAAUGGAAAGGAUGGUAGUGGAAGCCAUCUAGUUACUGUUCCUCCUGGUCCUCAUCUUUCUGACGCUUUAAUUUCGUCUCCGAUUAUACAAGGCGAAGAUGGUUCUGGAGGAGCUGGUCUUGGAGGUUCCGGAUUCGAAUUUGGCGUGGAUCCAAAUGAAGAUCCGGAACUGGCGUUGGCUCUCCGUGUUUCCAUGGAGGAACAACGGCAGAGGCAAGAGGAUGAGGAUAGAAGGGCCAAGCAGGCUUCCGCCAGCGAUCCCAGUGUGCCCGCUAUCAUCAAGGAAGAGCCCAGCGAGGAAGCAUUGCUUGAGAGGGCUUUGGCUAUGUCAAUGGAACAGGGCGAGACUCCGACAGCCCGUGUUGCACCUAACGUUGAUUUCGCUAAUAUGACCGAGGAGGAGCAGAUAGCUUUCGCAAUGCAGAUGUCAAUGCAGGAGGCCCAGGAUACUCCAGCUGAUAAGAAGAAGGAUGACGCUAUGGAUGUGGAAGGCGCUGAAGAUUUUUCCGAGGUGAUGAACGAUCCCGCGUUUCUUCAGAGCGUUCUCGAGAACUUGCCCGGCGUCGAUCCUUCAUCCGAGACCAUCCGUCAAGCUGUCGACACCUUGCAGGAUUUGAUGAAGGAGGAUAAGGACGAUAAGCAGAAAAAGUAGAGUUAGCAUAGGAACUAUUAAUAUUAUUUUUCGCUGUAUCCAAGAAAAAAAAA